AUGGCGGUGGUCCUUCAAUUUCCUUAUGUAAAUGAAACCACAGAGGUGAAGAAGAGGUCCUUCGCAUUCCUCACAGCAGUGGUGACAACGGCGGUGCACAGCAUCGGAAGAGAUGAAGAAGAUGAAGCAGCAGAGCGCGUGUUUGCUGUUAUCUGUGCAGUCUUAGGACUUAUGAUCGUGUGCAUCUCUUGUUUGAGAAAGAGGGCCGGCAGAAGAAUCAAGAUGGAUAUAAAAAAUAACCUCCAUCAGCAAGUGAAAGAAAAGGUUAUUUUUGUGUUGGGGUCCACCGCGACCGGAAAGUCAAAGCUAGCCAUAUAUCUUGCAAAUAAAUUCCAAGGAGAGGUAAUCAACUCCGAUAAAAUCCAAGUCCAUAAGGGUUUAGAUAUUGUAACAAACAAAGUCACUGAUGAGGAGAUGGGUGGUGUUCCUCACCACCUAAUAGGAGUCAUAGAUCCUGAAGCGGAGUUCACCAUUGCAGAUUUUUGUGAAAAAACUUUGCAUGCUGUGACUUCCAUUUUGGAUCGGGGAAAUCUUCCAAUCAUAGUUGGAGGGUCCAAUAGAUACAUAGAAUCACUUGUGGACAAUGAAACCCUAAGAUUCAGAAACAAGUACGAGUGUUGUUUUCUUUGGGUUCAUGUCAACCUCCCUAUCCUGAAGAAAUAUAUUUACGAGCGUGUAGAUCAGAUGGUCCAAUCUGGUUUAGUCGAUGAAGUCCGUGACUUUUUCUCAUUGGAUGGAGACUACUCCAAGGGCAUUCGAAGAUCUAUCGGAGUCCCAGAGCUUGAUGCAUACUUCAGAGCAGAAGCCGCUGGUUGUGAAAAUAAGGAGAUGCUCGAGGAACUGUUCAAAGAAGGAAUUGACAUGAUGAAGUCGAAUACAUAUGACUUAGCAUGUCGCCAGUUUGAGAAGAUCAAUCGGUUGAGGCUUGAGAAAGGUUGGAAGAUUCACCUCUUAGAUGCCACUGAGGUAUUCCACAAGCGUGGUUUCCAACGUGAGCAAGAAUGGCGGUUGCGAGUAGCUGAUCCUAGUAUGGAUAUCGUAUGCAACUUUCUGUAUGGAGAUAGAUAG